ACUCUCUUUGAAUCUCUCUUUCAAUGCUUUACUGCUAUAGUAUAAGGAUUGCGACAAAAAGUUGCGUCAGUACCGCAUAAUAGGGCGUCGAGUGCCCGAUAAGGCGAACCCUCAGCCACCGCUCUACCGGAUGACGAUCUUCGCACCCGACCAUAUCGUCGCCAAAUCCAGGUUCUGGUACUUCACCCGAAAGCUGAGGAAAGUGAAGAAAGCCAACGGAGAGAUCGUUGAGAUCAAAGAGGUUCAGGAGCACAAACCGGCCGCCAGGGUCAAGAACUACGGCGUUUGGCUCCGGUAUAACUCGCGCACCGGUACUCACAACAUGUACCGCGAGUAUCGGGACAUCUCUGUGGCCAACGCCGUCACCUCUUGCUACCGCGAUAUGGGUGCCCGACAUCGCGCCAGAGCCGACUCGAUUCAGAUCAUACGUGUGGAGGAGAUCCCGGCCUCGAAGUGCCGCAGAGCUCACGUCAAGCAGUUCCACGACUCGAAGAUCCGAUUCCCUCUUCCCGUCCGUUUCGACCGUAAGUUUCAUUCGUCGCGAUUCACGACUCGUAUCCCCAAAGCAAGACUUCUUUGAGAUGUUUAUUAUUUGAACGCAAUUUGAAUUUAAAAUUAAUGUUCAUUUGAUUUCCAAAUAAAAUUCGCGUUUUUUGAUGACA